AUGAGCAAUUCAAUUGAUAUGAGAAGUACUAAUGAAUUAGGAGAAAAGAAACGAUUUGAAUAUGAGCUUGACUUUCUACAAUCACUUGCAAAUCCACAUUACAUUCAAUAUUUGGCUUAUCAUAAGUAUUUAAGAAAACCUGAUAUGAUUCAUUUUCUUAAAUAUCUUCAGUAUUGGAAACAACCAAAUUAUAUUAAAUUUAUUCAAUAUCCUGCUUGUCUUUAUUAUUUAGAACAAUUACAAAAUCCUGAUUUUCGUCAAGCAUGUGAGAAUCCAGAAAUAAUGAAAAAUAUUAUUGACCAACAUGAAGCUCAUUUUACAUAUUAUAAAGUUAAUAGAACACCAGUUGUUCCUAAAGUGGAUGAAAUUAAUACUACAUCUAAACCAAUGGAUACAAGCCCAAAUUAA